AUGUGGUUAUCUGUGUUGCUAGUGGUGUGCGCGAUCCCUUGGGGUGAAUCGCAGAACUGCCGCGGGGAGAAACCUCGGCUCCGCGAUUGCGAUCGUCUCUGCGACAAGCAGGGCAACUGUAAGAUCAAAGCUGCCCUACUUCUCCCGAAGAACAUAACGUUCGGAGCGUGUAUCGGUGCUGUGGAGCCAGUGUUGGAGCUGGCUAUGCAGCAUCCGGCGGUCCAGGAUGCCUUUCCCUCGUGGGUCGGCUUUGAGUGGCAGACCUAUGACGUCACAGAUUGCGAUGCAGCAUAUGCUGUCAUUUCCGCCAUCGACGCGUAUAACGACUGCGCCCAUGUAUUCCUCGGUCCCGCCUGUGAUUUCGCAUUAGCAUCCGUUGCUAGGAUUUCAAAGUUCCUGGGCGGGACCGGUAUCCCAUUGGUCACGACUGGCGGUUUCUCCUUCGACUUCGUGAAGACUAAACAGACCUGCAAGGACGAAUAUUACAUGUUAGUGCGCACAGGACCAUUGGGCUUCAAGGACUUGGCGUACUUCAUUAUUGACCUAAUGAAACAGUGA